GCGGAAUUGGGGUCUGCUCUAAGCUGCAGCAAGAGAAACUGUGUGAGGGGAAGAGGCCUGUUUGGCUCCCGGGUCUCUAGUUCUUGCACGCUCUUUAAGAGUCUGCAUUAGAGGAACUCUGCCAUUACCAGCUCUCUUCUUGCAGAAGGGAGGGGGAAACAUACAUUUAUUCAUGCCAGUCUGUUGCACGAAGGCUUUUUGGCUUCCUACCUUGCAACAAAAUAAUUGCACAAACUCCUUAGUGCCGAUUCCGCCCACAGAGAGUCCUGGAGCCAGAGUCUUUUUUGCUUUGCAUUGUAGGAAAGGGACUAAGUGAUAGAGACUAUGUCGCUUUCCUGAGCUCCUGAGAGCGCUCGUGAACUGGAACCAACUGCUUCAGGAGAAGAAAAAAAAAAAAAAAAAAGACUUGCCUGGGAGGCGGCGAGAAACUUGCAUUGGAAGCUUCAGCAACCAGCAUUCAAGAAACUCCUCUCCACUUUAGCACGGUCUCCAGACUCAGAGCCGAAAGACAGCAAACUGCGGCGCGGUGAGAGAGAGAGAAAGGGCGAGCGCGAGGAGAGGGAGGGAGAGACUCUCCAGCCUGGGAACUAUAACUCCUCUGCAAGAGGCAGAGUACUCCUUCCCCGCAUCUUUUGGAGACUUUUCUCUCUGCGCCCACCACCGCCCCGGCAAGGAGUGAGGGGCCCGCACGGCCGCCGCGCGCGUCCUCCCGCUCGGCGUGUGCUUGGCCCGGGGAGCCGGGAGGGCCCGGCGAUCGCGCCGCGGCCGCCGCGAGGGUGUGAGCGCGCGUGGGCGCCCGCCGAGCCGGGGCCAUGGUGCAGCAAACCAACAACGCCGAGAACACGGAAGCGCUGCUGGCCGGCGAGAGCUCGGACUCGGGCGCCGGCCUCGAGCUGGGCAUCGCCUCCUCCCCCACGCCCGGCUCCACCGCCUCCACGGGCGGCAAGGCCGACGACCCGAGCUGGUGCAAAACGCCGAGCGGGCACAUCAAGCGGCCCAUGAACGCCUUCAUGGUGUGGUCGCAGAUCGAGCGGCGCAAGAUCAUGGAGCAGUCGCCCGACAUGCACAACGCCGAGAUCUCCAAGCGGCUGGGCAAACGCUGGAAGCUGCUCAAAGACAGCGACAAGAUCCCUUUCAUUCGGGAGGCGGAGCGGCUGCGCCUCAAGCACAUGGCUGACUACCCCGACUACAAGUACCGGCCCAGGAAGAAGGUGAAGUCCGGCAACGCCAACUCGGGCUCCUCGGCCGCCGCCUCCUCCAAGCCGGGGGAGAAAGGAGACAAGGUCGGUGGCGGGGGCGGCCAUGGGGGCGGCGGCGGUGGCGGGAGCGGCAACGCGGGGGGAGGAGGCGGCGGCGCGAGCGGCGGCGGCGCCAACUCCAAACCCGCGCAGAAAAAGAGCUGCGGCUCCAAAGUGGCGGGCGGCGCGGUCAACAAACCGCACGCCAAGCUCAUCCUGGCGGGCGGCGGCGGGAAAGCGGCGGCCGCGGGCGCCUCCUCCACCUUCGCGGCAGAGCAGGCGGGGGCCGCGGCCCUGCUGCCCCUGGGCGCCGCUGCCGACCACCACGCUGUANCCUCGCCCGCGCCGUCCAGCGCGCCCUCGCACGCGUCCUCGUCGGCCUCGUCCCACUCGUCCUCGUCCUCGUCGUCGGGCUCCUCGUCCUCCGACGACGAGUUCGAAGACGACCUGCUCGACCUGAACCCCAGCUCAAACUUUGAGAGCAUGUCCCUGGGCAGUUUCAGCUCGUCGUCGGCGCUGGACCGGGACCUGGAUUUUAACUUCGAGCCCGGCUCCGGCUCGCACUUCGAGUUCCCGGACUACUGCACGCCCGAGGUGAGCGAGAUGAUCUCGGGAGACUGGCUCGAGUCCAGCAUCUCCAACCUGGUCUUCACCUACUGACGGGCGCGCGCGCGGGCUGGGAGAAGAGGGCCGGGGGGCAAGAGAGGAAAAAAAAAAAAAAAAGAAGAAGAAAAAGAAGAGAGAGAGAGAAGUGGACAGAGAAAGAGUUGGAAGAGAAAAGGGAAAAAAAAAAAAAGGAAAAGAAAAAAAAGUGAGCGAGGCGGGUUUCGGCCGCAUCGCGGUCGCCGGAGAGAGGAGCGCGGCGGCGUUUUGGGGACCCGCGCUCCCAUCCCCCACCUCCCCGGCUGCAAGGACGCGGAGGAGGCGGCGGGGAGACGAGGGGCGACCUUUUAUUGUUGUUCUUGAUGUUGUUGUUGAUGGCAAAAAAAGCUACUUGGAGUUUCCUCCCCUUUGCCCGAAGAGACCCCCCCCCUUCCAACGAGCUUCCGGACUUGUCUGCUGCACCCCCAGCAAGAAGCCGAUUUGGUAGUUUUUCUAGAGACUGAAGGAAUCUCGUCCCUUUCUCAUCGCCCCCCUUGCUGUUUUUGUUUUAUUUUAUCUCAUUUCUUGGUCAAGAGAGGAGGGAAAAAAAAAAAGAAAGAAAAGAAAGAAACCCAACGCGCCCCUGGGGAUUUAGUUCUCAGCACCCCCGCCGUCCCCUCCCCCUGAAGAAGACAAGGCUCCGGGCGUAUAAUUGGACCGAAGGCAGAUAUUUUGGGGGGUCGCGCAGGCUCGAGCGCCGGGACAGAGAGACUCCACGCUGGCGGAUUCCCGUUUUGUUGGGUUUUUCCUCCUUUUUCCCUUUCUUUCUUUUUCCUCUUUCUUCCUUCCUUCCUUCCUUUUUUUUUUUUUUCCCCCUUGCCCCCGCCCGCUGCCGGAGGAGGAGAUGCGGAGUGCCCAGAGAGCCCGGUGGGGAGCCCGGCGAGGGGUGCGGGGGGGAGCCGCGGAGGAACUGGGACGGAUUUGCACGUUCGGGGGCAGGUGGCGCGUCCAGGCGGCCCCCGCACCCCCGAAAUCUGUGAGGUGACACUCCGCGGCCCGCGGGCGUGCAGGAGAGCGGACUGUUUGAUGUGGUACCGGGGGCCGUGCAGGGGCGAGUGGUUUCGGGCGGGGAGGGAAAAAAAGAGGUUUUUUUCUUCUCUUAAAAUCGGAAUCGUGAUGGUGUUGGAUUAUUUCACUGGUGGGGUUAAUAUAGCAUGUUAUCCUGUCUAUCUUUUAAAGAUUUCUGUAUAAGACUGUUGAGCAGUUUUUAAAAUAGUGUAGGAUAAUAUAAAAAGCAGAUAGAUGGCGCUAUGUUUGAUUCCUACAACAAAAUUAUCACCAGCUUUUUUUCAUUCUUAACUCUUUAAAGGAUUCAAACGCAACUCAAAUCUGUGCUGGACUUUAAGAAAAAAAAAACACAAUUCAGGACCAAAUUUUUUCUCAGUGUGUAUGUGUUUAUUCCUUAUAGGUGUAAAUGAGAAGACGUGUUUUUUUCCCUCACCGAUGCUUCAUCCUCGUAUUUUUUUUCCUUGUAAAUGUAAUCAGAUGCCAUUUUAUAUGUGGACGUAUUUAUACUGGCCAAACAUUUUUUUCUUAUUUUGUCCCUUUUUUGUUUUAACCUUUCGUUUGCUUACUUUAUUUUUUACUUCCUUUAUUUCUUCCUUCCUUUUUUCCUUUUUUCUUUUUCUUUUUUUUCUUUUCUUUUUUUUCUUUUUCUUUUUUUUUUUUUUUUGGUAGUUUGUUGUUACCCACGCCAUUUUACGUCUCCUUCACUGAAGGGCUAGAGUUUUAACUUUUAAUUUUUUAUAUUUAAAUGUAGACUUUUGACACUUUUAAAAAACAAAAAAAGACAAGAGAGAUGAAAACGUUUGAUUAUUUUCUCAGUGUAUUUUUGUAAAAAAUAUAUAAAGGGGGUGUUAAUCGGUGUAAAUCGCUGUUUGGAUUUCCUGAUUUUAUAAUAAGGCGGCUGGUUAAUAUCUCACACAGUUUAAAGAAUCAGCCCCUAAUUUCUCCAUGUUUACACUUCAAUCUGCAGGCUUCUUAAAGUGACAGUAUCCCUUAACCUGCCACCAGUGUCCACCCUUCGACCCAGUCUUAGCAAAAGGGGAGGAGAAUUAGCCAAACACUGUUAGGCUCUUAAGAGAAGACAAAUUUUUUAAAUAAAAUACCAUUCUGUCCAGAGGCUUUAAAACUGGUGCAUUUACAGCAAAAAAGGGAUCCUGUAGCUUUAACUUGUAAACCACAUCUUUUUUGCACUUUUUUUAUAAGCAAAAACGUGCCGUUUAAACCACUGGAUCUAUCUAAAUGCCGAUUUGAGUUCGCGACACUAUGUACUGCGUUUUUCAUUCUUGUAUUUGACUAUUUAAUCCUUUCUACUUGUCGCUAAAUAUAAUUGUUUUAGUCUUAUGGCAUGAUGAUAGCAUAUGUGUUCAGGUUUAUAGCUGUUGUGUUUAAAGAUUGAAAAAAGUGGAAAACAUCUUUGUACAUUUAAGUCUGUAUUAUAAUAAGCAAAAAGAUUGUGUGUAUGUAUGUUUAAUAUAACAUGACAGGCACUAGGACGUCUGCCUUUUUAAGGCAGUUCCGUUAAGGGUUUUUGUUUUUAAACUUUUUUUUGCCAUCCAUCCUGUGCAAUAUGCCGUGUAGAAUAUUUGUCUUAAAAUUCAAGGCCACAAAAACAAUGUUUUGGGGGAAAAAAAGAAAAAAUCAUGCCAGCUAAUCAUGUGAAGUUCACUGCCUGUCAGAUUGUUGAUAUAUACCUUCUGUAAAUAACUUUUUUUGAGAAGGAAAUAAAAUCAGCUGGAACUGAACCCUAAA